CAAGAAGCCUCAAGAUGGCGGCUGUGGAAGAUAGAACGAAUUCGAACCCUUUGGUUCAACCCUUGUUAACGGAUCUUUAUCAAAUCACAAUGGCUUAUGCUUAUUGGAAGAGCGGAAAAGUAUUGGACAAUGCAGUAUUCGAUUUGUACUUUCGCAGGAAUCCUUUCCACGGAGAAUUCACGGUUUUCGCUGGGCUGGAAGAGUGCGUUCAUUUUGUAAGAAACUUCAAGUUUUCAGAUUCAGAUAUAUCUUAUCUCAAAACAAUAUUACCAGCAACAGUGGAAGAAGAUUUUUACAAGUUUCUUAGAGAUAUAGACACAAGUAAGGUUACUCUAAGUGCCAUGUUGGAGGGAAGCAUUGUCUUCCCAAAAAUUCCUUUGAUCAGAGUGGAAGGACCACUACCAGUGAUCCAACUCAUGGAGACAACUCUCCUCAACUUAGUGAACUUUGCAAGCCUAGUAGCUACAAAUGCAGCUAGAUUUCGCCUCGCAGCUGGUUGGAAUAAAUCUUUGAUUGAGUUUGGGUUACGCAGAUCUCAGGGCCCAGAUGGAGGGUUGUCAGCAUCAAAAUAUUGUUACAUUGGAGGAUUUGAUGGUACAAGUAAUGUUUUAGCUGGAAAGUUAUGUGGCAUUCCAGUCAAAGGUACACAAGCACAUGCUUUCAUUACAUCAUUCACACCAGACGAACUUCCAUCAGUUGGCAAACUGCAGCCUACAGAUAAGAGUAAGGAGCCAAGAGACUUUUAUCCUGUAGUGUUAGAUUGGCUGAAGAAAGUUUGCCCUGUGCUGCGUGUUCUGGAAAGCGAGGUCCAUGUCGGUGAACUGGCAGCAUUUUCAGCAUAUGCAGUGGCCUUCCCAGAGACAUUUCUAGCACUUGUUGAUACCUAUGAUGUGCUAAGGAGUGGUAUCCCAGGAUUCUCUGCAGUGGCAUUAGCUCUCAACGAUUUUGGCUACCGAGCCUUAGGGGUGCGACUUGACUCUGGAGAUUUGUCAUACACCUCACUACAGAUCAGAAAAGCUCUAGAAAAAGUGGCAGAUGUAUUUGGUUUACCGUGGUUUGCUACACGAAGUAUUGUGGCUAGCAAUGAUAUUAAUGAAGAUACACUUUUCUCUCUAAAUCAACAGGGUCAUGCCAUAGAUUCUUUUGGUAUAGGAACUCAUUUGGUAACUUGUCAAAAGCAGCCUGCAUUGGGAUGUGUCUUUAAGCUUGUUGAACUAAAUGGCGAUGCUCGAAUGAAACUCAGCCAAGACAUAGAGAAAGUUACGAUACCUGGAAAGAAGGAGGCCUUCCGUUUGUACGGCGGAGACGGGCGGGCCCUUCUUGAUCUCAUGCUCAGGUGCGACGAGGUGCCUCCGUCUCCGGGGAAACGCGUACUGUGCCGGCAUCCGUUUGAUGAGGCCAAGCGUGCAUAUGUGUGUCCUUCCCAUGUAGAACCUUUAUAUCGUGUCUACUGGAAAGAUGGCAAGAUUUGCAGCCCAUUACCACCUCUAUCGGAGAUUAAAGAAAGAGUGAAGGAUUCGUUAACAAAGUUUCGACAAGACCAUCUGAGAGCCUUGAAUCCUACGCCUUACAAGGUCUCUUUAAGUGACAAGCUGUACACAUUUAUGCACCAACUCUGGCUAAAUCAUGCUCCUAUUGGCGAAUUGUUUUAGAAAGCGAGAGCUUUUACAAAAUAUAGCUUCAUACAUCCACGUCACCUUACAGUAACAACAAUAACUUCCUUCUUCUAUCUUUUGUUAUUCGAAGGGUUGUACACGUCCAAAAAAAGCUUAAUAUUAUUUGAAAGCUCCUUUAAUUUAUGAAGAAUUGUCUGUUCGCGCACUUUUAAAUUAAUUGCACACUCCAGUAACAUAAGGAAAGCAUUAUUGUUAAUUAUGUUACAGCAAAUGAGAUUUCACAACAGAUUUUGCCAACGCACGUUUCGAAGAACUGAGUUAGUAUUUUUCCAUGUCAAUCGUGUAUUGCAACAUUUUACAGGGGUACAGUAAAAUUUAUAUUUAUGAUCUGUCUUUUAAAAUAAUCAGCUGCAGAUUAGCAUAUUAUAUAGUUAUAUAAACCGCAAUACGCGAAAACAGAAAUAUUAAAUGUCAUCACGAUUUAUGAAACAUAAUAAAA